UUUAUUCAUAUUUUUUAGAAUGAUGAAAGUACCUAUGGAUUUGAACUUGCAACAAGGCCAGCAUGUAAACAUUUAUGGAAAUGUGCUGUGGAGCACCAUGCUUUCUUCAGGAUGCAUCAAGCUACAGAGACUGUUUCCACAGGAAAACUUUUCAGCCUAGGUUCAAAGAACAGAUACAGUGGCAGAUCAGAGAAACAGUCCUCUCAAGAACCUGCAUCACGCCCACAGCCACAUGUUCUUAGGACCCCUUCACGCAGGCAGCAGAGAAGAACAGCUUCAGAUGUCCCAAUAUCAAAUGGAAUUGUGGGUAAUGAUGAUGGUGGGUUCUUGGACUACCCGGACGGAAUGGUCACCACUGUUGUUCAACCAAAAUCAGAAAGAAGUCAUAGGCAAGGCCAUUCAAAUGCUGCAGACUCCCCAAGAAGCACUAGAUCAGCUCCAUGGGAGAUGGGAAAUUCUGUUAAAGGUGGUAUGUAUACCACAGGACGUGACUCUCCUAUGUCUACACGAAGUGAGAAGAUGAAGUUUCCAGGACCCAGGAGGUCCAGAGAGUCUGGCAGUGAAAGUGAAGCCAGCUAUCACCAUAGGAGAAGGGGGCACCACAGUAGGAAGUCUGAUAAUGAAAGUGACCAAGAGAGGAGGAGGCGUCGCAGGUCUAGACAUGAGAAUAGUGGUAGUGAGUCUGAAGCAUCACAUCAAAGGCGCUAUAGGCAUAGAAGGUCAGGACAAGAUAUGUUAAGCUCUGAAGCCAAGUGGAAAGAGGUCCAAAGGAAGCUGGAAAAGAAUGACAUGAUAGCCUCUCCAGAAGGCAGGGCCCAUAGUAUGAAAUCAAAUGGAUCAUUGGCUUCUGAUCAUGGGUCAGAGGAUAGUGGGAAGAGAAAGAGAAGGACAAGAAGGAGAAGUAGGUCACCAGGUAAACGUCCACCAGAAGAACUGAGGCAACAUUUUGAGUAUGAUCUUGUGGAUCCUGAGACAAUAGGAUUAAAUGAAGAACAGAUGAGAGAUAUACCUUACACCAAAGUUGAAACCUCAGCCGAGCCAUUUAAGAUCAAGUAUUCUCCACAUAUGAGGCAAAGGUAUAAAUCUCCCAGAAGAAGAAGUCAUGGGAGUGAUCUAAAUGAGGCAGGCAUGGGUCGUAUCCCAGGUGGAGAACCUGUGCCAGCACACCAGCAGAUGUAUCCACCACCCACCACACAACAGAUGUAUCAAUCCAAUACACAACAGCAAAAAUAUCCAUCCAACACACAACAGCAAAAAUAUCCAUCCAGCGCACAACAGCAUAACAGGAGGAGUAUGCCAGAAGUGCAGUACAAGAAUGCUUAUGGGCACCAAAACAAUGGAGAAGAAAUGGUUCAGCCUCCCCCCUCAGUACAGAAAGCAGAGCUUCACACGGCUCCAAUAGUAAAGACAAAACCAGUUGCAGUGUUCACAGCCCUAGCUCCAGACAACAUACCUCACCCAUAUCCCAUUAUGCCAUUAGAGGACAUCACCAAUCUUUCCAAAAAUAAUAAGUUUUCCAAGCCAAGUGAUGGCAAACAUCAGCACCAUGACUCUGGGCUUGGUAUUGACCAAGAAUUAUCCUCUAGCCCUAAGUCAAAUAUAGGCAUUGCAGUAAGCUUGAAACCCAAAGAAGACGUCAACAAGUAUCCAGUGGAAUCUACACCAAAGAAUGGGACUAGUCUUGAAGAAAAUGGUGGAAGAAUGAGGACAAGAGAUGCCAAAAGUGGGCCUUUGAAUAACAGAUUGUCAGCAAUACAAGGAUAUCAAGAUGAAGCAACUUCUGGGUACUCCAAGACUGUUAUGUCUAAUAUACCACAGUCAAGUACUUGUACUGGCAAUUCCAGUAUGCAGUCAAAGUCAAGACAGCAAGAGACCAACAGUAGACCAACAUAUGUAGAACAGGUAUCUAAUAUUCCAGGCAAUAAGGAACAAAAUGGACAAAGUUCAGUCCUUGGGUCACAACAAACUAAGAUGUUAAGGGCACAAGAGUCUCAAAAAUCUCAAAUACUUGCAAGUCCAGUGGCAAGAGUACAGGACUCGCCUGCAUCACAAACAAAAAUUACUCCUCUCAUGGCAAGAUUACAUGACAAAGGGCAACAUAAUUAUGGCAGUCCAACCGCAAGGUUAAAUGUUCCUGGCUCCAGAAAGGAUGGAGUAGGGCAGGUAAACUCUGCCUUUACACCAGUGAGUGGAAGUACAGUGUCUAGAAAAGAAGUACUCAAUUGCAGCUUAAGCUCGGAACUUUUAAGUCAGGUCUUGAGUUCGUCUGGAAGGAAUAAAGAUAUAUUUACUGAAUUGUGAUAAAAACAGGGAGCAAUAAUACAGUGCAGCAACGGUUGUGAUUUAUGUGCUUGAUAAUUUAUUAUGAACAUGUUUUAACAUUUGAAGUCUUUCAUACCGCAUUUACUACAAGACCUACAAUUGCACUGAACAUUAUCAUAUAGGUGGAGAGUGAUUCAUGUAAAGAACAGUUUUUUUUUUUUCAUUAUUAUCAUUUGUCUGGAGCUAUUUUCAUCUUUGAAAUCAUGGAACAGAGAUUUAAAAUAAUUUUUUUUUCUUUUUUCAUUUUAUAUGAUGAUUCAAUAUAGGACUGGGUUCAACAACGAAAAUAUGCAAUGUUCUUGGCGUUUUUAUACAUUAUGAUCUUAUGAAUUUAGAUUAAAUUUAAAAUCAUCUUGAAAGCAGUUUAUACAUUAAAAUCAACCAGAGUAAGCAAUUUUUUAAGAUAUUUUCAGGUGUUAUAUGAUUUAUAAGUGAAUAAAGUGUUUUUUUACCACCUCAA